AUGUCUGCUUUUGUGUUUGCACUCCUCAUUUUGGCCAUGGCCGGCCACUCAAAUGCCGCAUGGUGCGCUUGCAAAGGAUUGAGUGAUGCAGCUUUGCAAAAAACACUGGACUAUGCUUGUGGAGCCGGGGCGGAUUGCACCCCGGUCCAUACAAACGGACCUUGCUUUAACCCGAAUACCGUAAGAGCUCACUGCAAUUUUGCUGUCAACAGCUAUUUCCAGAGGAAGGGCCAAGCUGCCGGAUCAUGUGAUUUUUCUGGCACCGCCACUGUUACUGCAACUGACCCCAGCACAGCUGGCUGUGUUUAUCCUGCUACUGCAAGUGGCACCAUUCCUACGGGCUCCACCACACAAACACCAUCCACCACUACAACCAACACGGGCGGAUCUCCUUACGUGACAAAUCCGGGUGUAUUAGGAGGCGUCAACAAUGGUUUAGGCCCAUCGGGUGCUGGCAUGAACACAGAUAUAAGCCAUGGUGGGAUUUCACUGCAACAGGGCAACCUGCUUUACUUUAUGACCAUUACUAUUAUUAUUUCUUCACUUGCAUUAUUUUGA